CUCCCCACGUGUCUGUGUGGAGCUCAGUCAACAUGGUCUCGACACAGACAGACUUCAGCUGCCUGAGUUAGACUCCACUCCUGCACCGUCUCUCUCCACACUUCUGUACAGCUCAGACACGGAUGAGAUAGCUAAAACUGUACCGUGAAGUGCGCAGGUUGGAUCUUUGAGAUCUGCUGCUCCUGUUUCAUCUCCUCUCCCCUCCUCGCUCUGUUCACACCAAUAUGGCCAGCGGGGAUGAUGACGACCCCAUUAUAGAGGAGAUCGAUGUGUACCUUGCCAAAAGCCUCGCAGAUAAGCUGUAUCUUUUCCAGUACCCUGUCCGACCAUCCACCAUGACCUAUGAUGAUGUCAACCACUUAUCAGCUAAGAUCAAACCCAAGCAGCAGAGGGUGGAGCUGGAAAUGGCCAUCGACACAAUGAGUCCAAACUACUGUCGCAGCAAAGGAGAGCAGAUCGCUCUGAAUGUGGACGGCACGACUUAUGACGAAACCAACACCUAUUCCGUGAAAAUGAUGGACAAACAGACCUUCUCCUCCAUCCAGGCCACCACCAACACAUCCAGAUACGCCGCUGCUGUGUUUCGUAAAGGUGAGCUUCACGUCACACCUCUGACGGGAAUCCUCCAGAUGAGACCAAGCUUCUCUUACCUGGACAAGGCCGACACCAAAACCAGAGAGAGGGAGGUGGCAAAUGAAGGUGGAGAUUCCUCCCAGGAUGAAGCCGAGGACGAAGCCAAGGCCAUCACGGUGAGGUUUGCUCGUCCUGAGUCAGAGCAGGCUCGGCAGAGGAGGAUCCAGUCGUACGAGUUCCUUCAGAAGAAGCAGGCAGAGGAGCCCUGGGUUCACCUGCACUACCACGGUGUCAAGGACGGGCGCUCGGAGCAUGAAAGGCAGUACCUGUUCUGCCAGUCAGUGGACGCCUCGGAGAACUCUGAACUAGUCAAAACUCCAAAGGAAUACCUGGCGAUGCUGAUGCCCCCUCUCGCAGAGGAAAAAGUUGUGAAGCCUGUCGGUCCCAGUAAUGUUCUCUCCAUGGCUCAGCUCCGCACUCUGCCACUGGGAGAGCAAGUCAAGACCCUGAUGAAGAAUGUCAAGGUGAUGCCAUUUGCCAACCUGAUGGGCCUGCUAGCCUCUGGCACGGACUCAACUGCAGCACUGCGCUGCAUCCAACAGGUGGCGCUGCUGGUUCAGGGCAACUGGGUCGUCAAGAGUGAUGUUCUGUAUCCUAAAAACACGUGCAGUCCUCACAGCGGCGUCCCUGCUGAAGUGCUCUGUCGAGGCCGGGACUUUGUGAUGUGGAGGUUCACUCUGGAGCGCUCUGUCAUGAGAAAGGAGAUCGCAUCCAUCAUCAAACUUCCUCCAGAGGAUGUGAAGGAGUUCCUGGAGCAUGUGGCUGCUCCCCGAGUCAACCGGGGCUGGGAGUUCCUGCUGCCUACUGAUGUAGACUUCAUUAAGAAACACCCAGAUGUUGCCCACAGGCAACACAUGCUGUGGCUCGGCAUCCAGAGCAAGUUGGAAAAAGUCUUUAACUUCUCAAAAGAAGACUUCAUGCCAAAGAACUCCCCUCAGCCUGAGCCUGUCCACAUCAGUGGCGAGCAGCGUCUGAAGAUGGCUCAGGAGCGCGCUCACGACAACCACUCGUCCCUACAGAAGGACCUGGACACCAGGCGGGCAGGGAGCAGCGUCCGUGUCAAACAGGAACCGGUCAGUGACAGGGAAGACGAACCCAUGGACACGUCGUCCUCCAUACCCAACGGUUCUGUCAAUGGUUACCCCAGUGCCAUCUCCCCCGGCUUCGAUCACACUAACGGUAACGGAGGGAGUCCCGCCAACACGGUGUCCCAGGAGCUGCAGGAGUUUGUGACAAAGACUUUCAGGAAGCAUUUUGUACUGACGCUGAACGAGUUUAAGAGGCUGUUCGGCCUUCACCUGGCCUCUAUGCCAGUGGGACAGAGCGUCUUCCCCUCCAUCUCGGACCACAUGCUGCAGGACGCCAUACUGCUCUGCCAGUGCAAACAGAUAAUGGUGCCUUUUCCUGCUCAGAGCACAGCAGCCCCCGACGAACAGAAGGUGUUUGGUCUGUGGGAGACUGGAGACGAAUUCGAUAAGCAACGUCGGCUGCUCUAUGACCUGUUCAACAAGAACUACCGCGUCAGGAGGCCGAUGAUACAAGCCAAACUGGCACAGGAGUUUGGAGACGUCCCGAAGGCGGACAUCGACCGGCUGCUCAAUGAGUGCUGCAGCAGCCACGCAGGGAUGUGGUACCUCAAGGGAACGAUACAGUCCUGACGCUGAGAGUCUGCCACCCCCCCGCGGUCACCGUCAGCCAAUCAAAUCCUCUCUCGGGUGUCCAGUGGGAGGGCGGCCAGAGAGACGAGAGCCAAUCACAAUCACAGCUCGCCCAGCUCUGAGGGCCGGUGAUUGGAAGACAAAAAAAAAAUGUCCGCCUCAGCUUGGAACACGAAGCUUUUCCUGUUUCAACUGGAGCAUUUCUGACUCUGCUGCAGCGCGGAGCGUACUCACUAACAGCUGGAGAGUCUGAGCGGGAAAACAUGAAUAUAAGCAAAUGAAGAAAUAGCUCAAUAUAUAUACGGUUUAUAGGUAGGUUUUUGGAUUUUUUGGACCUCAUGUUUGAUUAUUUUGGAACUUAAACUUUUACCUGAUGAGGAAGGUGUUUACUGUUGGAAGGAGACGUGGCUCUAAGUGCUCUCAUUCUACUCCUGAUUUGUACAUUUUGCCAGAGGAAACACAUUUUUACUUUAUUAUAUCACCAACAGAGUGAACAUUGAUUCAGUCCUUCAGAAAACAUAAAGAAGCAGUCUGAUUUAUUUUUCAUGCACCAACACUUUGAUCUGACCUGGUCAAACAAUAUCAACUAUAUACAAUAUUUAUUCCACCCUCAAAACACAAGUAAGAGGGGUGAGCUUUAAAGGGACAGAUGGGUACUUAUUUAUAAUCAGUGUAUUACCUACAGUAGAUGUCGGUCGUCACGCCCCUCUCCCCCCCCCCCAGUUUGGAGAAGCAGACAGGAGUGCUGACACAGUUGAGCAAUGUACUGCUGAGAAUGUCCGGAAUGCUUGACGGCUUGGUCUCGGGUGUUAGCCGCUGCAGCUGCUGUGUUAGCUCAUGCUAGACGGUCCUUUAGCAAUCGUUGAAGCACAUUUGCGAAUCCUAGGCUAGUGAAUGAAUGACCCGCCCUGUGCUCACUAUGAUUUAGCUAGUGAUCUUUGCCUUCGUUGGUGGGGUUGGUUAGGUUUAGGCAAGAGGAGUGGGAUUGUUUUGAGUAAGAAUGUCAGGGUAAGCCAAUCAGCGGGCCAUCUCUUCGCAAAUUCGCCGUCACGAGAUUUAGUGGUAAACACCAAGUGCUCUUAAUAAUAAGCUCUGAGUCUGUGACAACAUCACAACAUGCAUCACAAUUUUCUUGAAAAGUUGCUGUGAAAUCAGGCAUUUCAGGCCGCGGCAAUCCCACAAACAGCCCACGAAAUCCUGAAGGGACUCCGGCUUUUCAAGGACAACAGACUCCAUUUACAAAAACAGUAAUUUUACGUCACAGAACACAGGAGCUGCUGGUCAACCGCUGCCUCAUCACGUAUUUUGUUCCUGUUAUUGUGCGACUUUGGUGUUUUAAACGGGUUUGUUCAGAUUCACCAAAGUCACAUAUUAAGACAAGCAAACAAACAUGGAUGGAGACAGCGGCACACCAGCAGCUCGUGUGUUCUACGAGGUAAAAUUACUGUUUUUGUCAAUGGAGUCUGGUGGCUUUGACAAGAGCGUAAACAGGUACAAAAGCUUCAGUUCCCUGUCAGAAAGAGCUGUUUGACAGCAAGGUAAAGUGGUGAAAAUAUAUUAAAUAUAGCGUACACUUAAACUGUUUGAUAGCUGCACAACAUUCAUUACCUCCCAUGUCAGACUCCUUCCUGCUUCUCCAAACUGGAGACAUCUACUGCAGGUAGUACACUGCCUAUGAACAAAGCACUUCAAAAAAAUCUGAGCUAUCCCUUUAAAGAAUAUCAGCUGAGUAGAGUAUUUAUUCCACCCUCCACACACGAGUGAAAGGGUUGCGCUUUAAGGCCGAAUAAUGCAGCUGCUUAAUUAAAAUGUGUGAAGAAAUGUUGCCAAGUUCACGAGUCAACACACUUUAAAACAAAAGGGAAAAUAAAAAUAACAGUAAUGCAAAAACAAAAAAGUCCCUGAUGUUGUUGUGCUCAUGUUGUACAAAUUAAAUCACUUGAUAUU